AUGAUAUUAGCAGCUUAUAAAGAAGAGACAGAAGAGACAGAAGAGGAGACAGCUGAGGAGACAGCUGAGGAGACAGCUGAAGAGGAGACAGCUGAAGAGGAGACAGAUGAGAAUUCUUCUAUUCUAGAUAAAGAAGAGACAGAAGAGACAGAAGAGGAGACAGCUGAGGAGACAGCUGAAGAGGAGACAGCUGAAGAGGAGACAGAUGAAGAGGAGGAGGAGACAGAUGGAGAGACGCGGGAAUAUAGUAAGGUGCCCACUUCGCCUUUUACCUGA